UAGCCCUUUCGUAGAUAGAGUAAACAUGGCCGAGGAGAAGGAUAAUUCGUACACGAUAUUAGAGUAUAUGCGCGACCACAGCGGCUAUAAGUGUGGUUAUUGUAAAUCCAAAAAUACAAAUUUCAGUCAUGGGAUGUGGGCCCAUCAGAUAACAGUAGGGGACUAUCAGGACUUGAUUGACCGGGGAUGGCGACGGAGUGGCAAAUACUGUUAUAAGCCUACUAUGGACAAAACUUGUUGUCCAAUGUAUACAAUCAAAUGUGAUGCAGUGGAGCUAAAGUUGAGUAAGACUCAGAAGAAAGUUCUAAAGCGGAUGCAUCGUUAUCUAAGUCACGGGGAAAUAAAGAAAGGAAAUGACCCAGACAACACUUUUAAUAAUGUAGAAAUCUCAGAAGAUAUAGGAGGUAAUCAAGAAUUUAUCAAGCCUCAGUAUGAUACCAAAGAAGAUCUCUCAGGUGUAUCCCUCCAAAUGCCAUGUGAGGAUGCAGCCAAGAUUUCAAAAUCUGCAACAGUUCAUUCUAAUAAAUCAAGUGCACAUGCACCUGCAAGAGUACCUGCAGAGGCCAAGAGUCAAGACUCACCUGAACUAAGUCAAGAGAAGAAAUCCACUGAAAAUAAAGGUCUGAAUCCUAACAAACCGCCAUGCAGAAAAGCAAAAGAUAUACGACGUGAGAGGAGAGAAGCCAAGCUUGCGAAACGCGCCCAGGAGGCUCAGGGUCGAGGAGAAUCUCCCAUGGAAAUUCCCCUAAACAGAGUUAAAAAUACCGCUAAAACACUUGAAGAUUUCCUUAACGAACCCUUACCAGAAAAUCCAGCACACACACUUGAGAUUAGAUUAGUACGUUCCCAGCCCAGCAGCAGCCAGUUUGUGCAUACUUUUAAGACUUCUCAUGAAGUGUACGAGAAGUACCAGACUAAAAUCCACGGGGACAGUCUGGAUAGAUGCUGUGAGUCGCAAUUUAAGCGAUUCCUUUGUAAUUCUCCACUUCAGUUGAGGCUAGUGAGGGUUAACCCACCUGAUUCAGCAUUCAGAGCCAGCUUUAAUGCCUCGUAUGCUGUGUUUCGCAAGUACCAGCUGGAGAUCCAUCAUGAUACCGAGAGCGAGUGCAACAAGAUGGCCUUCCAAAGCUUUCUGGUUGACGGGCCCUUGUCGGCUUGGCAUCCAAGUAGUGGCCCACCACAAGGUUAUGGGUCCUUCCACCACCAGUAUUGGCUGGAUGGGCGAUUGAUUGCAGUAGGGGUGUUGGAUGUCUUGCCCUAUUGUUUGUCUUCUGUCUACCUCUACUAUGAUCCAGAAUUUUCGUUUCUAUCAUUGGGCACAUAUGCAUCUUUAAGAGAACUGGCUUUGACACGUGAGCUACAACAAAAAAUUCCAUCCUUGAGAUGGUACUACAUGGGUUUCUACAUUCAUUCAUGUCCUAAAAUGCGGUACAAAGGCAAUUAUAGCCCAUCAUUCCUGCUGUGCCCAGAGACUUAUAUCUGGGUUCCUAUUGAGAAGGCAGUGCCAAAACUAGACAUUGCAAAAUAUUGUAGGUUCAAUGAUGAUUCAUCUGCUGUUGAUGAAAAUGGAGAUGUAGACCUCAAACAGAUAUUGGUCCUUCAUGAGCGAGAACUGAUGAAGUAUUCAACUUUCCAACUCUUAAACCAUGACACAGAAGAUGAGGAGGAAGUCAGGGAGUAUGCCACUCUUGUGGGGGCCAAGAGUGCUUAUUCAAUGGUUCUAUAUCGCGGAUAAAAAGCAUGAAAUAAAUAGUUCUUUAUUUCUGCUGAUUUUGUAUUAACAACUUUUGAUAUGAGUUACUGAUUUUAGAAUUUUUU